AUGAGUCUGUUGUUUGUAGGUGAAAAUGAAUCAUAUGAUGAAGUGAGAGGGUAUAGACCGUCAACAACCACAAUCAAGGAAGAGAACGAUGAGGAUGAAGUCAUGUUACCAACGCAUCAGGAACAGCAACCUGCAAGCGAAAAUGACGACGACAAUGAUCCAAUUAUUGAGUCCAUUCCAUUGAUUAUCAAUCAACUACCUACUCCAACAACUCAAUCUCUACACCUUCUCCAAUACCCAGGGAGACCCAAAACUCGUCCACUUUCAAGCACACCAGUAUCUGCAUCAAUCAAACCCGAGUCACACUACCUCGAUUUGAAACUACCCCUAGACUCAAGCAAAUUCUUCAAUCUACGCAAAGUUGACGAUUGGGGUGAAACCAUAGACAAGCAAUCAAUAUCGGGUGUAUUGGACCCAGCAGAGCAAGGUAUCUACGCUGCUAAAGUCAUCAAUGAUGGGUUUGAACGUAAAGUCGUUUUGAUCCCCAUCGAUUCCACCGCUCAGCUACGUACUUCAUUCAAGUACAUUGACGAUUUGGAUAAGGAAACAUUGCAACAACGCAGACUAGAAGCUCAGCAAGAAAGAAAUCAAGAACGUGCAAACGUACAAAUUCUACAAACUGCUGCUAAACACUCUACUCAGAAUCAAGAGUCUCAUAGUCAUUCAUUGGGGGACUCGCUAAAAUCGGUGAAAAAAUUCGAAGAAGAAGAUUGGAAGCAUUUGAAUUGGAAAGCAGACGAACUGCUGGUGGAUAAUGUCAGACUGCAAUUGAGAGAUGGAGCCGAUGGAAUUCACUUGAAGAAUGAGACAAGUUACAAGGAAUUUAUAGACCACUUAUAUAACUAA